AUGCUCGACGCACGCUUACCAACUGAUCAAAGGGUCCAUAAACGAGGUGCGUGGAUCGACGACGUCGAGGCUAACGAAAAUAGCAGGAGGCGCUACGAAGUUUGGCCGUCGAACCCAACGUUAAAUUGUUCUCAGCACGACCGGCCGAACGAGCAGGUCACCAACGGAGAGCUGAAAAACAAAGCGAUAAAUACCGGCGUCACGAAGACACUGCGACGGCGGCCAGCGCUAGAUGGCAAGACACCCAGUGCAAAUUAG